AUGUCAGAAAAUCCUAUAGUAUUUUUUGAUAUUUCAAUUGGAAAUCAACCAGCGGGUAGAAUUAAAAUAGAAUUAUUCGCAGACGUUGUACCUAAAACUGCCGAGAAUUUUAGGAAAAAUGGAGUACCACAAGGUUAUAAAGGGGCGCAAUUCCAUAGAGUUAUAAAAGACUUUAUGGUUCAAGGUGGUGAUUUCUUAAAGAAUGAUGGGACCGGAUCAUUUAGUAUUUAUGGAGAAAAGUUUCCAGACGAAAAUUUUGAAUUAAAACAUACUGGUCCCGGGUUACUUUCAAUGGCAAAUAGCGGGCCAAAUUCUAAUGGAUGUCAGUUUUUUAUUACGUGUGCCAAAUGUGAUUUCCUUGAUGGAAAACAUGUUGUUUUUGGAAAGCUUAUUGAUGGUUUACUUACACUAAGAAAAAUUGAAAAUGUUUCUACUGGACUAGGAAAUCGUCCUAAACUACAAGUUGUAAUAACAGAAUGUGGACAAUAUUAA